UAUGAAUUAUUCAAAUAUAAAAAAUAUAUACACACUGCAGAAUUGUGUCGUGCAUGGCUAGAAUGAGAAAUGGCUGGCGGAGGCGUUUAUGCUGAAGCUUUAGUAACACCAAAGGUUCAAGAAGAGUUGCUAUUUGGCAGUACAUUUAUGAAAUGGGACGAUGAUUCGGCCCUCGUUCAGACAUGCACACUAAAGAUAGACCGCAAUGGAUAUGUUUUAUUUUGGAAAUUUGACGACAAACCGGAAACAGAAUUGUUAGAUGUUAUACAGAUUAACGAUGUACGGACAGGCAAAUACGCUCGUGUACCAAAGGACUCGAAGAUCAAAGAUCUUAUCAAAUCCAAGUUGCCCUCUCCAGAUGAUUACGACGAUUAUUGCAUCACCGUUCUUCACGGCCCAAAUUUUGUUGAAACGAAUGCGAUCAACUUUGUGGCCUUUGAUGCAAAAGAUGCGAAAGCCUGGCACGAUUGUCUCAUGUCAUUAUGUCAGCAUGUUUUGCCUGCAAAUGCAAGUCCACUCAACUUCCUUGAAAAGCAUUAUACCAAACUUGUCGUGCAAGCCAAUCAAGAAAAUGCCAUUCCAGUUAAAUUGAUCACAAAAUAUUUGGCAAGCAACAAAGAUGAUAAAAAGAGGGUCUCCGAUGCUCUGCAAUCUCUUGGCCUUCCAUGUAGAAAGGACGACUUCGUUAAAAUUUCUGACUUCAGUCUGGACACCUUUUUUUUGUUCAUGAAUAGAAUAAGUAAUCGACAAGACAUCGAUAAAAUUUUUACAGAAAUCGGUGCUAAGAAAAAACCAUAUUUGACUGUGAGCCAAUUCGUGGAUUUUCUCAACAACAGCCAGCGAGAUCCUCGACUAAAUGAGAUCCUCUUUCCCUAUUACGACACUGAACGUGCAAUGAACCUAAUUAAAACAUACGAGCGAAAUGCACAGUUUGCCAAGAAAGGUCAUCUCUCUGUUCAAGGAUUUACGAGUUUUUUGAUGAGCGAACACAAUACGAUAAUUAACACUGACCGUCUUGCCUUACAUGAAGAUAUGAAUGCUCCUCUUUCCCAUUAUUUCAUCAACUCCUCACAUAAUACAUAUCUUACAGGUCAUCAACUCAAAGGGAAAUCCUCUGUUGAAAUCUAUCGUCAAGCCUUAGUGUCUGGCUGCAGAUGCGUAGAGUUGGAUUGUUGGGAUGGAAAAUCUGACGAUCAAGAGCCUUGUAUAACUCAUGGUCUUACUUUAUGUACGGAUGUGCCUUUUAAGGAUGUUAUCGAAGCUAUAGCAGAAUCUGCAUUCAAAACAUCUGAUUAUCCUGUGAUUUUGUCCUUUGAAAAUCACUGCAGUCGCUUACAACAACGCAAAAUGGCUCAAUAUUGUGUUUCUAUCUUUGGCAGUAUGUUGGUGGAUAAACCUCUUGAUGAUUUUCCUCUGGAAGAUGGGAGACCUCUGCCAAGUCCAAAGACACUUAUGAGAAAAAUUUUAAUAAAAAAUAAGAAAAAGCGAUCAAAAGCAAAUCUAGAUAGGUCUACCAGUCAAGAUGGUUUUGUGUCCAACGAACUUGAAAUGAUGAUAACUGACGUCACUGACAGUGAAAUGUCCCAGAGCGAGACAGGUGAUGUUUUUGUGGGGAGUAUUAAAAGUGAUCAUUGGGAAAACCUCAAAGACAACGUAUUAAAAAAUAAAGAAAAGAAGGAGAUAUCUGAUCCAGAAGAAGUCGAGUCUGAAAAGGUGCUGUCUGAUUUAGUGAACUAUAUUCAACCUGUGCAUUUCAAGAGUUUUGACUAUGCUGAAACUAGAAAUAAAUCAUACGAGAUGACGUCGUUUAAUGAAACAAUGGCGACAACUUUGUUGAAGCAAGAACCUGUGGAUUUUGUCAAUUACAAUAAACGACAGCUGAGUCGUAUUUAUCCUAAGGGAACAAGAGUUGGCUCAGAAAAUUACAUACCUCAAGUUUUUUGGAACGCUGGCUGUCAAAUGGUUGCACUAAAUUUUCAAACACUCGAUGUGCCAAUGAUGUUGAACCUGGGCAAGUUUGAAUAUAAUGGAAAAUGCGGGUACAUUCGCAAACCUGAUUUCAUGUGUCGCACUGACAGAUCUUUCGAUCCGUUUGCCGAGUCGACUGUGGAUGGAAUAAUUGCUGCUUCCAUUAAAGUGAAGGUAAUAUCAGGCCAGUUUCUGUCUGACCGUAAAGUUGGAACUUAUGUUGAAGUAGAUAUGUAUGGUUUGCCAGCUGAUACAGUUCGAAGAAAGCACCGUACUAAAACUGUUCCAAAUAAUGGGUUAAACCCGGUAUAUGACGAUGAAGCAUUCCGAUUUGACAAAGUUGUGCUUCCCAAUCUUGCCGUAUUAAGAAUAGCUGUUUAUGAGGAAAAUGGUAAAUUGAUAGGACAUCGAGUUCUACCUGUGAACUCUAUCCAACCAGGUUAUAGGCAUAUCAAGUUAAAAAGCGAAAGUAAUCAAGCGUUGUGUCUUCCAGUUUUGUUUGUCCAUAUCGUCACUCACGACUACGUUCCCUCGGGAUUUUCAGACUUUGCCAAUGCUUUGGCAAACCCGAUAGCAUUUCAAACGAAAGCCGAAAUGCGAGGACAAAUGCUCGAAAGUCUAAUGGAUGAUGAUGAAGGACCCAGCAAGGUCCCUGCAGAGCAAUCCAGAUUGACUGCAGCCACCAGCUCAAACUCUCGUCGUUUUUAUUCAACUUCAUCGUUUGAAAAACCGAUGAGGACGUCGAUAUCUAUCAAUAGUUUUGAUAACGGAGAUGCAUUACAAAGUCUUUCACGUGGCUCUGUUUCCUUUCCAAAUGAACCGGCUGUCGAAACACCAAGAAAACUAUUUACGCGAUCUCAAAGCACUAAAAAACGUGAAGAUGAUCCGAAUAUUGUACCAGUUCCAAUUCAUGAAUUACAGAAUGAUAAACUUUUUCAAAAGUUUAAAGAAAAACAAAAAAAGGACAUAGCUAUAGUUGUAAGAAGACAUAUGAAGGAGAAAGAUAAGUUACAAAGGAAUCAUUUUACAGCACAAGAAAAACUUGCUAAAGAAAUGGACAAAGAAAUCGAAGCAACGACAAGGAAAUUAGAUAGAACAAUAAAGACUGCCACAAAACUUGGGAAAUUUGAGGAAGUGUACAAAGAUGGUGUCCAAGAGGUUUCAGAACUUCGAAAACAACAAGAAAUAAAGAUGAAUGCGCGCAAACUUGAACAAAGAGAAGAGAUGUUUGUAUUUCUUGAAAAGCAGCUGAAGGAGCAACAUGACUUUGCUAAAGCCACAAUUGAACCUGAGUUUGAAGAGUUGCGAGCUGUUAUGGAGCUCGCUAAAAACAAACAGCAGAAAAAAUUAGGAGAAUUUCAUGAAAGGAAAUCUCAGUUUAUGAGAAAAAGUCAAGACCUCUUGAACAAUGCGGAACUGAAGUUUGUUGCCAAAGAUAAGAGAUCAAAAGAUGAAAUUCAAAGAUUGAAACGAGAACACAACAAGAAAUAUAUUGAACAAGCUGUAAAGGAAAGACAAAAGAUAAAAGAAUUUCAAGAUAAGGAAAUGCAGCAACUAGGAGAAACUCACGAUAAACUCAUGGAUGAAUUGGACGAUAUGAAACAAAAAGCUUACGAAGAACUUUCACAGCUCUUUGAGAGACGAUGUCGACUCAUCCGUAAUGCGAACCUAGAACUAUUUUAUGCUGUUUUGUUUGCCGAGAACGAAGAAGUAUCAAAGUUAUGAUGACAAGUGAUCAUAUUCAAUAAACGUGAUAUUUUAAACUAUUCUGUCAUUACAGGCCUGGCAGUAAUCACAGAAACUGCUAAUCCUUUAAAUGGGUUUUAUCAAUGAUAAGUUAAAGCAAAACAAUUGCUUCUUGCUUAUAUAUUUUACUUCGAGGUUCAUGAACCACUCCAGAAAGAUACAUGCGUCGUGUAAUCCUUCUAAGGGAUACAAUCGAGGUUUUUGAAAACCACUUGAAAUAACUUGCAAUAAAUGACAAAAGACGCUUUUUUAUAUGUAUUAUACAAGCAAAUCCCAUAGUUUAAUGAUGUAUGAUGAAUGAUUUACUGAAAGUUUCAUUACAAUUUCACUAUUAACAAGGACAAAAUCCGCUCUUGACGGUGAAGGAUUUAAUUCUCUUGGCUGUUGGAGUGGAUACCUCUAUCAUGAAUUGAAGGCACAUAUCACUAAAAUGCAUUUUGUAAUUUAAAGAUCAUAUUUAAUAUAUGAAGGCAUUGUGUAAAUAAUUUGAACGAGCUUGCUUCUGGCAAUCUUCCCACGUACGCACAUUUUGGUUAAAAAUAUUUAUUUAUGUAUAUCAACGCAAAGGAUCAACUUGUGAAUAAAUUCAUAUUUAAAUUUCCAA